ACGGCGUAUCACAACACCGCCAGCCUUCAGGCGCACAAGACGAACACGAUAGCGUACCGCAGCUCCGGGCGUUUGACGUUUAUCUCCCGACGGCUGUAAAGCGAAGUUCCGCAUCUGUACAGGAGCGCUGACUUGUUUGUGAGCUACUGAGCAAAACUUUCUUCGUUAAAGAUGCUGAGGUCCGUGUCUCCGCAGCUGUCUCCAGGCAGCAACAGCUCGACGCCGCCGCCGUCGCUGACGCCGGACCAGGCGAGCGUGCUGGAGGCGCAGUUCCAGCGCCUCAAGAACCCCCACCCAACGGACCUCAUCCUGCUCGCCGCCGAGACGGGGCUCGACGAGCGGCAAGUCCAGGCUUGGUUCAACAUGCGGCUGGCUGCCUGGAGGAAGGAGCAGGGAUUGCCAGCGAGUUUUGGCCACUUCAACAGCUACUGAUUCGAAAUUAAAGAUGCACUUCGCUCUAGUAACAAAAGCGAUGAAUUAACUAAAGAAAUAAACACCAAAGGUUUAUUAAUCUCCUUAAAAAGACAGCUUCACAAAUUCAGUUUUUUUGUUGUGACUUCUUUUGAUAGUAGAUCAUGAGUGAAAAUUUAAUUGUAUAUAUUUAUUUAUGCGUUACAGAGUGCUGCAAAAUGUGUUUUAUACUGAUGUUUCAAGCUUUAGAAGUAUAAAUUUUGAAAAUGAUUUCUGGUACCUUUACAGACUGAAUAAUUCAGAGUGAGUAUCUUCAUUUGACACCAGUAUACUGUAACCAAUGAUUCCUUCUCAAAAUUUAUUUGUUACAUCUUCAACUACUGCAUAUGGUGUUUCAUUCUGCAGAAAUACCACAGAAACCCUGGGUAAAGACUUAUUUAGCAUCCAUAAUCUCCCAGUAAGAGAAAACAAAAUGGUGAUAGAAGUGGCUCACUCCUGAGGCAUGAUCUAUGUUGCAUCAUAUAAAGAACAGCUUGUAUUGCUAAUGUUAACAAUUGUCAUGAACGUACAUAUUAGUUGAUUAACUUAGUAUUGAUGUAUAUUGCCUUUCUCCUGAAUAAUUUCCCAUGUCAGAUAGAAUAUAGAACUAUUUUUCUAUACAGUUUUAAGAAUUUAGUGUUAUGUUAGCACAAAUCUGUAAACUUGAUCUGUAGACUAGUAGCUUAGGAAAGAUUAGUUAUAUCAUUAUUUGUAAAUUACCCAUGUUGUAUGUAUUCCAAUGUUACAUUAAUUCAAUUAAGCAGAUGUACUGUAAAAGAGCUAUAUGUUUGUUACAAAUAAAUGCAGUAUAUAAUGAUUAGCAAAUCAUAAUUGAUAUGUUUUAAUAACUUUUGUCAUUGAGUGAAAUAAUUCACAAAGAUAUUAUUAUUUGUCCUAUGCUCCCUCUCAUUGAUAAUCUUUUAGAAAUUGUAAUGAUCAUAGCAAGCCACUGAACAUCAGCCUGAGACUUUUUUCUGUCACAGUGUAUGAACAGCUCUUAUAAUUUAAGAAUUUUGUAUUUACACAUAAUAACCAUGACUUACAAACUGUGUUUCUAGAGAACAUCAUAAUUGUUGCCCAGUACAAAAGUUGGUGAAAAUAUAAUUAAGGGCAAGACAAAGAUGAUUACUCUAAAUGUAUCAUAGUCAAUAGAAGACAAGCAGGUAAGAGCUUAUACAUGUUCUACAUGUUGAGUUUACAACAUAGUAAAAGGAACAGAAAUACAAAAUGAUAAAACAUUCAAAAUCAUGCAAAUUAGAAAAGUCUUGGGGACAAAAACAUGCUAGAAUGUCUGUCACAUACUAAGGACAAGACAUAUCAAAUAACAGAGUAGUAAGUUGUCUAACACACUAUGUUGUAACAGUUGAAAUUUUAUCAAACUGUGCUGUUAAAGUGAAUAACAUAGUUUAUUAUUUUUGUUUGAUGAAAUGUGAAUACAAGACGUUUAUUAAAGUUUACUGUCAUAGUU